UAUGUUUUGUUUCAUAAUACGUCAUUUGUACCUCCAACCUAGGCAGAAGAAACUAGAAGUAGCCAUGGAGAAAGAGGGCUUAGCAGACGAAGAGAAAAAGCUUCGAAGAUCUCAGCACGCCCGGAAAGAAACUGAAUUUUUAAGGUUGAAAAGGACGAGGCUGGGCCUGGAUGACUUUGAAUCCCUGAAGGUGAUCGGAAGAGGGGCCUUUGGAGAGGUCCGAUUAGUUCAGAAAAAAGAUACGGGUCAUAUUUACGCCAUGAAGAUAUUGAGAAAAGCUGACAUGCUGGAAAAAGAGCAAGUGGCUCACAUCCGAGCAGAAAGGGACAUCCUUGUUGAAGCCGAUGGUGCCUGGGUCGUGAAGAUGUUCUACAGUUUUCAGGACAAACGCAACCUUUACUUGAUUAUGGAGUUUCUUCCGGGAGGUGAUAUGAUGACUUUGCUCAUGAAGAAGGAUACGCUCUCUGAGGAAGAAACACAGUUUUAUAUCUCAGAAACCGUGCUCGCUAUCGACGCCAUUCACCAGCUGGGGUUCAUUCACAGAGAUAUUAAACCUGAUAAUCUUCUGCUGGACGCAAAGGGCCAUGUAAAACUCUCUGAUUUUGGGCUAUGCACAGGUUUAAAGAAAGCUCACCGAACUGAAUUCUACAGAAACCUCACGCAUAAUCCACCAAGUGACUUCUCGUUUCAGAAUAUGAACUCCAAAAGGAAAGCAGAGACGUGGAAGAAGAACAGGCGACAACUGGCCUAUUCAACGGUCGGGACUCCGGACUACAUCGCGCCCGAGGUUUUCAUGCAGACGGGUUACAACAAGCUCUGUGAUUGGUGGUCUUUGGGCGUCAUCAUGUACGAGAUGCUAAUAGGAUACCCCCCAUUCUGCUCUGAAACACCCCAAGAAACCUAUAGAAAAAUUAUGAACUGGAAAGAAACGUUGGUAUUUCCGCCGGAAGUUCCCAUUUCAGAAAAAGCAAAAGACCUCAUUUUAAAAUUUUGCAUCGAUGCUGAAAACAGAGUCGGCAGCAACGGAAUAGAAGAAAUUAAGAGCCACGCAUUUUUCGAAGCGGUGGAUUGGGCCCACAUCAGAGAAAGGCCAGCUGCGAUCACUAUAGAAAUCAAAAGUAUAGAUGACACCUCCAAUUUCGAUGAAUUCCCCGAAUCUGAUAUUUUACAACCAGUGCCGAACACCACCGAACCGGAUUUCAAGUCCAAAGACUGGGUUUUCCUCAAUUACACCUACAAGAGGUUCGAAGGGCUGACUCAGCGGGGCUCCAUCCCGUCUUACAUGAAAGCCGGGAAGUUGUGAGAGACGCAGCGGGCCAGGAAGCGUCAGAACUCAGGUACCCCGCCUGCCUCCGCUCCGUCUCCACCCGCUCCGGCGUUCCCGCAGACCGGCGCCCGCGGACUCUCCCUAACACCCCCCCUCCUCCCUCCAAAAAGAAUUAAGGAAUUCUACCGGAUUAGAAUUUUCCGAGACUACGGACAGUUGGCAGUGCCAGCUGGCGGCUUCUAUCAAUAGCGAAUUAUUUUUGUUAAAACUUUAUUACAACAGAGGUACUGGAAAUUGAAAGGGAAAAAAGAGAGAGAGAGAGAGAGAGAGAGAGAGAAAGAAGAAAAAGAAGAAGCAAACUGACAUUUCCUCUUUGUAUCUGCACUGCCGAAAUGUACAUUGUAAUGGUCAAUUCUGCCACCUGGGUCACUUGGUUUAUGGUUUGAACAGUGGUGGGUUCCAGCCGGUACGGUCCUGUACGGCCAUACCAGUAGUAGCCGGGAGCAGCUGACAGCGUCCUGGUACGGUGGUUCGUUUG